AUGCCCCUCCACCCUGCCCAGGGUUUCAGCCUGGUGGGGCCCGGGGAGCAGCCAUGGCAGGGCCCCCCCCCCCCCCAAGGAACUGAGAAACCUGAUGUCCAAUUCCAACUGCAGCCCCUCAGAUGCCACAACCUUCAUGCCACCCCGAGUGGUCUCUCUAAAGAGCAACUGGAACACCAGUGCCAUUCCACGCCCUUCCUGCAGUGUCACCUGUGCCUCCGACAGCACCCGGGCCACCUGCCAGCUGGACACCCUCUGCUCCCCCUCCCAGCUCCUGUCUGCCCACUGUCCACGCCCAGGUCCCAGAAGCCAUCCGCUCACCUCCCACCAAGUGGCUCUCAAACCUUGUUUGCCAACCUUGGGAUAGCAGUGCUUUUAGGGUCUGUGGCCAAAUAA